GAGUGGACGAGCUGGAGCGGCACAUUGAUCUGCUGCAUGAGUACAAUGACAUCAAAGAUGUUGGACAAUCCCUCCUGGGACGUAUAGGAUGAUGCGUCUAGCGUGCUGCACGGUGCUGCUCUUUGUCCUGAGACUGCUGGUGGGCUUGCCUUGGUACCAGGUUCUUCCAGCCAUCAGCAUAUUCUACCUUGGAAGCGGGGGAUGGAAGUCCAUCGAGGUUUUUGCCAAAACCAUUGGCAGGGACUUACAUGCUGCAGUGGUGUUGUUGCGGGUGAAGUUGAACGUCAAACGUCACCUCAAAGAGAAAAACACCAUCCCCAAGAUCUUUGCCGAAACAGUGCAACGACACGGGGACAAGACUGCGCUCAUCUUCGAGGGGACGGGAGAAAGGUGGACCUUCAGACAAUUGGACGAGUAUUCUAACAGAGUGGCAAACCUGCUGCUGGACCGGGGCUUUAAGGAUGGGGACGUUGUCGCCCUCUUCAUGGAGAACAGAUCCCAGUACGUGGGGCUGUGGCUGGGCAUGGCCAAGAUCGGAGUGGAGGCAGCGCUCAUCAACUUCAACCUGAGACUGGAGGCUUUGGUCCACUGUGUCACCAUCUCCAACGCCAAGGCUGUGGUGUUUGGCUCUGAGCUGUGUGAAGCUGUUUCCGAGGUCCACAGUUCAAUGGGGAAGGCGGUACAGAUGUUCUGCUCCGGAGACUGGGAUCCUAAACAUGUCCCUCAAGGGACAGAGAGCCUGGAGCCCCUGCUGUCGGACGCCUCAGCCCAUCCCCCUGCUGCUCGCCCCAAACGCUGCUUCACAGAUCGCCUCUUCUACAUCUACACAUCAGGAACCACAGGGAUGCCUAAAGCCGCUAUCGUUGUGCACAGCAGGUACUACCGUAUGGCAGCUUUGGUGUACUAUGGUUUCAGGAUGACGUCAGAUGACGUGCUGUACGACUGCCUUCCACUCUAUCACUCCGCAGGGAACAUUGUGGGAGUGGGUCAGUGUAUAAUACACGGCAUGACUGUGGUCAUCAGAAAGAAGUUCUCUGCCUCACGUUUCUGGGAUGACUGUGUCAAAUACAACUGUACUAUUGUGCAAUACAUUGGUGAGAUCUGUCGCUACCUACUGAACCAGCCAGUUAAGGACACAGAACGGCAACAUAAGGUGCGCAUGGCUCUGGGCAACGGCCUCAGGCAGUCCAUAUGGGAGGAGUUCAUGAAUCGCUACAACAUCCCACAGAUUGCUGAAUUCUAUGGAGCCACUGAGUGUAACUGCAGUCUGGGCAACUUUGAUAACAAGGUCGGAGCAUGUGGUUUCAACAGUCGGAUUUUACCCUUCAUCUACCCCAUCAGGUUGGUGAGGGUUGAUGAGGAGACCAUGGAACUCAUCAGAGGACCUGAUGGGGUCUGCAUACCAUGCAAACCUGGUGAGCCCGGUCAGCUGGUGGGCCGGAUCAUUCAGAACGACCCCCUCAGGAGGUUUGAUGGCUACGUGAACCAAUCAGCAACCAGCAAGAAGGUUGCCCACAGUGUCUUCAAGAAGGGAGACAGUGCCUAUCUGUCUGGUGAUGUGUUGAUCAUGGAUGAGUAUGGACACAUGUACUUCAAGGACCGGACCGGAGACACUUUCCGCUGGAAAGGAGAGAACGUCUCCACGACGGAGGUGGAGGGCACACUGAGCAGACUGCUGGACAUGAAGGACGUGGUUGUGUACGGAGUGGAAGUCCCAGGAGCAGAGGGAAAGGCUGGGAUGGCAGCCAUCGCUGAUCCGUCUCAAAGCACCGACCUGGACAAGUUUGUGAAGGACAUGGAGAAGGCUCUUCCUCCGUACGCCAGACCGGUUUUCCUCCGCUUCCUUCCAGAGGUCAACAAGACAGGAACAUUCAAGUUUCAGAAGACCGAGUUGCGCAGGGAAGGCUUCAACCCCAGCACAGUGUCUGACAGACUAUAUUUCUUGGAUUCCAGCAGAGGCCGCUUUGUGCGGCUGGACGAGGAGACUCACCGCUCUGUGUUGUCAGGGAAAUAUAAGUUGUGAUGAGCAACUGGCCGACGACUGCAUUUACAGGUAACACAUACAUGCAGGUAGAAAGAUCUCCUGUCAGCAGAACAGCCGAGUGAAAAUCCUGGUCUGCAAAUUUACACAAGAACACACACAAGCAAUAGCCAUAUAAGUCAACAGAUUUACACAUUUACACACACGUACACAUUCUCUUUCCAAACCGAGACUCCUGGAAACGCAGUAAAAACCCAGCAUGCAUGUACACAAAAGAAGAAAAACUGUUUCACCAAUCCCACCUGAAACUCGUCCUGCUACCACAGCAAACACAGAGGAACCCCCCCAACAACCAGGUCGACGUUGAGGAUUUAAGACCACAAACAGCACCUCUGCUGGUCUAUCAUGGUCUGACAAAGACUGAAGUUCCGCUGAAGAAGACUCUGCAGGAACAAAGAGCAGGAAGCAGUGCUUUCUGAUGAUUGGCUGGCAUUACCAUAUGCCCAAAAACUUGAAUCUAUAAAUACUCACAGACUUCACGGAGAAUUUGGCAGGACCAUAGAUUGAGCACACACUCUAUGUGACAUGGUGGAUGGACUGUUGAGACCUUGAACCCAUUCUUUCACUGAAAGGAAAAAAACAGAAAUUUGAAGAGUAGGCAGCCUGUUAUCUUCAUCUGCACCUUCAGCCAGCAGUGACGACCCCUCUGACAACUCCAACUUUCCAGAUCACCGUUGUGUUUAUUCCUGAUGUUCAUUUAAAUUAUGUGUUGUGUGUCAGAGAGCCUAUGAUUUAGACCAGUGCUUGAAACAAAACAGUUUAAUUUAAGUGCAAUACUGCAGUGUAAAUGGCUGCCGCACAUCACAUUUGAAAAAAAUACUUUUGAAUGCAGUUAAACGUUUGUGUCAUACCAAAAAUAUUUAUGUUGUAGUGUUGCUUGUUUACAUAUUUAUGAACCUAUAAUGAAAGUUGAAUUAAUUUAUUUUGUAAAGCUUUCUUUUUUGUAGGCCAAAUAUUGUAACACACAAGAGGAUAAGAGCUGCACAGAUUUUUUUCCCAAUCAGAGCUUAGAAAAAAAGGUUAGCAAACAAAUGUUUCUUUACUCAGAAUUCAGUUAAUGUGUGAUGAGUCAUGGAUUGAAAAAAAAAGAUUUGACUUCAGUGUCAGAUUUGUAGGUAGAACAUGUGGGAAAUAAUUUACUUAAGGUUCUUGGGGGAAAAUAUUUAAACAUGUAAAUAAGAUCAAGGGUCAAGGUCAAAAUUCAGACUUAAGAUUUAUCUAGUUUCUAGGUUCAAGGUUCUAAGAAUUCUAAGAAAUGUUUCAGUGAUCUCAAAAUGAGAUGUGACUAUUGAAAUCCAGUUUAACUUAAAAUCAUUGAAGUAAAAUCUCUUAGGAAUUAUUUAAAAAAGAUCAUUGCCGCUCUUUUUCUCUUGGGUGUUUUUUUUUGUCUUUUUUUUUGUUUAUUCAGCUGUUCAAAGAUGAACUAAUACAAUCUACUGUAGCUGAUUCAACCCUGGGCUAAACAUAUGGCUCUGUUUGGACACAGAGGUCUGCUCACCUGCUGGGCUGUCAGGCUGCGUCGCUGUGUGUUGUUUCCAAGUGAACUGUUAACCUGUUAAUGGCUCUUCUGUACAUCGUGUCCACCUGACUGAACAGAGAGAGAGAGAGGCACUAAACUUUUCUACUUUAACAGUAUUUUCUUGCUACACAAGGAUGUUUGAGCCCAACGAUCCAAAGAUUCCCAAACACGGAGCGGGGACUUUGUCAUGAGGAACAUUCAGCAAGAAAAAAAAAAGGCUGGGAAAUGGAAGAUAAAGACCCUGGACAGAGAACAUGUUUUCUCUUUGUUUGUCUCUUGUGUAUAGUCACUGUUGUGAGGGUGUUAGCAGCAGGAAGGGUGGUGUAGGUGACCUGAGGAGCGCGGUGCCUUACCGUGACGUCACAUCCCAAAUUUACAGGUGAUGCACAGCGUCGCCAUUGGUUUCCUGUCCACCUUCCAUCUUCCCACCGAGCUUCUCUCUGUCAUGUUUUUGCUUCAACGGGUUCCACGCGUUCUGUCAAAGUCAAAAAACGUACAAAACUGUAAGACAUAGACCUUUUUUCAAUGUUGUUAAAAAUCAGUAUCAGCACUUGGUGGUCUCCUUAUUGUUCUUGUUUAAAGAUUACAUCUAUUACUUUUUUCAAAUCCAUAGUAACGGCUACAUUUUUGAAUCCUGAAAUCUUUUUCCUAAAAAGACAAGAAACUCAUCUGUCCUGUUGUAUGACACGUCAAAUGCUAUUUUGGACCAAAUAAAAAUGUAAAAAGUUUUCACAGACACAGGUAAAUUUAAAACAACACUGAGAAAGGUUGAAAAUCCUCAUAGACACAUUUUUACUUGUCCAACAAAAAUUAAUUUGGCCACGAGCUUGUUUUGAUUUUAUUUUUUUUUACGCUACAUUUUAGUCUUUAAACAUAGUUAUAGUCGUUAUCUUCAUUGCAAUUUUCCUCCUCGCCUCAAGCAGUGGUUCCUAAAUGUUUUACAGUGUACAACCUAGGAAACAAUUACCACCAGUUGUUGAUGGUGAGUGUGGCUAACAUUAAAAUACAAAUGAGAACGGCACUAAGAAAAUAAAUCUCUAAUAGAAUUAUUAUACUAUUUCAUUAUUAAGGGAGCUUAUAAACUUAUGUGACUAAACUAAUCUUAAUGGGACUCUAAGCUCAGCCGUUUCACCGCUGGAGGUCGCCCAAGUACCACUGGUGAUACACAUGUCGUUUGAGAACCACUGCCUUAAACUAACUUUUCCAUCCUCUAUGUUCGCUACCUGAUUGUUGGUCCUACCCUGGUCUAACUGGAACUAGGUGCAGUCCUAGUAAAGUGCUGAGCAGAGCAAAUGAUACAAACAGCUGUGGGAUAGAGUAGUGGGGGGUGAGGAGGGUCUUCUACUUACAAUGUCCUGCACACAAAUACACUUAAGAGAUUGUUUGUAAAAAAAACAAAACAUUUUUGUUUUAAUAACUCCCCACUCUCUGCAUCACUAACAGUACAGCCGAGUCAUUAUUAGUAUAGUUGUUAUAAAUGUCGGUGCGCUGUUAAAAUGUUCUUCGACUGAGAAACAAAUAGUUUGUAAUUCUUUCCUCAGUUUGCACUGACCUACUCAGUUGACCUUGAUGGCUGCUGUCACACUUCCGCCACUGUUCCCUUACGUUGGGACGCAGACCAACGACAGCCAUUUGACGGGAUACUGAGAAGCUCGUCGCCGCUUCCACUGUAGUCGUAGUGUGUCGUGAGCGCCCGUUCGUUCUUUAAUGAUGAGUGUGGACUGUUCUCGCGGGUGUCUGAAAAGGAAAUGAGUGACCAAAUUAGAAUGUUGUGGAGAAAUGCGUACAAAUGUAUUUUCUAUGUAUGGAAGGGAACACGAUUCAUUUGGCUGUUAUGAUGCUUCUGACUAUAGGUUGCACUAUUCGACCUUGACCACCAGGGGGCGCAUGACUAAACAGCCCCCCUAAACAAGCACUCUGAAUAAGAUGUUUUCAUUUUUGUUUUUAUUCUUAAUGACUUUAAUUUAUUAUUAUUAUUUGUGGAACUGUUAAUUAUAUUUCUGAUUGUUUCACUGUAUGAAGGUGUUUUAUUUUGUUAUUUUUGUUUGAAAUCCAAAGUUGUGAUUUUUUUUUUGUUUGUUUUUGUUUAUUGGUUUGUUUAAAGAUGCGGUGAUUUGUGCAUGAGUGGGAGACAAUCACAUUUAAUCCCAAAGACGGGGUUAAUUAAAAUGCAAUUGUUGUGUUUGGAAUUAAAUUGGUUGUGUAUGUUCACCCAAUUCCCCAACAUCCUGUAAGCUAAGAGGUAGCUAAGAGUCUGUGGGGCAGUUCACCAGUUUGACCAGAGAGGGGCGCUUUACCUUCAUUAUACUGCUUCCGGCUACAGGAGCUCUCUCUGCACACCUCUCCGCAUUUCCCAAAUCGGUAGACAGGCAUUUUACCUACAACAUAUAGAAAUAUACAGGUUUUGAGCACGUUAAGAACCAAAAUAACAUAAAAUUAAUUUUAUGUUUGCAUUUUACUUUUUAAAGUAAUAGAAGUUUAAAUCACAAACGGUUAAAUUCUUCAACACAUUUUUUACUCUUUGUUACUACUGAUGGGAGGCAGUAAACUGUGACCAAGAUGUGGGAAUGAAUUCAGUAAAAGAAAUGUCUGUUGUUCAAGAUGAUAUGAUACUGUCAGGAUAUUGUGGAUGUUUGUUUUGGGUCUCUCAUGUUUGUCACUCAUGGGCAACUUCUUUCACUCCUGUUUGUUUUGUUUCACGUUUGCUAUGUGAUUGGAAAUGUUUUAAAAAAAGUUCUAGAGAGAGAGAAACAAGUGUAGGUGUGUGUGUGUGUGUCUGUGUGUGACUGUGGGUGUGUGUGCCAGGGAGGUGUGUGAGGUGUGCUGUGUGUGCAAAGACACACACACUGAUGUCCUCUUGUCCACAGAUUGUCACAGAAGGCUAGCAGUUUAACGUCAUUUUCAAGGAAAGACAGGAAAUCAGUGCGACAGGUAAACAAUGGUUCCUGAUAAUAAAACCUAUUUAAAUUGUUCAA